CCCCCCCCCGGCGCUAUGGUUGGGGCCGGAGGCCACGCCCCCUUGGCGGCGCUCCCGGCGGUCGGUUGUCCUCCGCCGCGCGAGCCCUCAAGUCCAGCUCGCUCGCCCGGGGCGCAUCCGGGCCUUCCUCUCGCCGCCUUCCCGCUCGGUCGGCCCGCAGCUAGGCGAUCCCCGACCCCCUUCUUCAUGGCGUCGCUUCUGUGCUGUGGGCCCAAGCUGGCCGCCUGCGGCAUCGUCCUCAGCGCCUGGGGAGUGAUCAUGUUGAUAAUGCUCGGAAUCUUUUUCAAUGUCCAUUCCGCUGUGCUAAUCGAGGACGUUCCUUUCACCGAGAAAGAUUUUGAGAAAGACCCUCAGAAAAUAUACGAACUUUACGAGCGAGUCAGCUACAACUGUUUCAUCGCCGCGGGCCUUUACCUCCUCCUCGGAGGCUUCUCUUUCUGCCAAGUUCGGCUCAAUAAGCGCAAGGAAUACAUGGUGCGCUAGCGCCUCGUCGCGUCUCCCCUGGCCAGCCCCCUCCUCUAUUUAAAGACUGUCCCCACCCGCGCACUCUCCCACUCGCGUCCCCAUGCCGGCGCCCUCGGCGGGACGGAACCCCCGGUUUGUCCGGCGCCCGGCCCCCGCGGAGGGAGGCUGGGGCUGGCCGUCCCCUGUCCCUCCACAAUAAAGUGAAACUGCGCCCCCGA